AUGUCGUCGAUGAAGAAAGUGCUUGUGCGAAAGCCUGAGGUCCCUCUCAGGAAGCACACAAUAUCUUCCUUACUUGCGGACACCCUUCAGAGUACUUUGGCCAAGCAAGCUCAUUUGAAAGACAGCGGCUCGGCGAAACGACCUAAGAAACAAGUACCCGAGAAAACUCAAUCGCCUGGAUUGCAAGAACAACAACUCCAUCUCAAAUCCGCGAGCUCGGCGAGGAAGCAGAAUCCCCUUCUGAGUUUUGUCGAGCUUCUGCAGCCCAGCACAGAAGACCUUGACCUCGAUGGACUGGCAACACUCAUGCACUAUAUCGAGCACCCCGACAUUGAUCUGGAAGACAAGCGAAAAAGUCUGCAAGGGCUUAAGACACAGCUGAAAACACAAAACACGAACGAGGAAGUUACGAUGUUGGAAUUAAACAUCAAAGGCAUGGAGAACAAGGGGUACCUGACGCUGUAUGAGUCGCUGCGUGCGUACUACGGGGUGGGGCGGCUCCUAACCCUCCUGGCCAACGCGGUGUUCAAAGAGAAAAAAACAUGCGGCAACGUGGCAGUCCAAAUGGUAUCGCAGGCCUUUAUGAAACAAGAUAUCGACUGGGCGACAUACCAAAAGAUGUUAAAACCUGUCUUACCGUAG